ACAUCCCAAAACCAUAACCAAAGUAAACUCCAAAAGACAAAACAACCUCAUAACCAUUUCGUCCAUUCAUUAUUCUCUCAUCGUAAACAAAAACAAUACGUCUCUUUAAUUUUCUAAACUCCAAAAUUUCAUCUUUAAUUCCAUUUCCAUAUACAUACUCAUCCAACAAUGGACUUAGCAGCCGGUGAAGACCACCAAAACCAACCCAUCGAACACAUACUAUCUUUCCCUAUCAUACUAUCUGAACGUAUCCGAACCGCGGUCCAUGACACCAAAUCUUACAAACUUGAAUGCACUGAAGUCUUAAAACAAGUUAACCACCUUGCUCAAAUGCUCCGGGCUUUCGUCCGGUUCACUAACUCAACUCCUUCGUUCUACGACCGGCCCGUUCGUCAUGUCUUCAGUGAAAUAAUCAAAACCUUGAGCCGCACACUCACUCUAGUACGAAAAUGCCGUAGGAACAGCAUUUUCCUACGUGUCAUUUCCAUUGCUAGCGCGGCCGAGUUUAAAAGAGUAUUUGUUUUGUUAGAAGCUUCUAUUGGUGACAUGAAAUGGCUGCUCAGUAUCUUUGCCCCCAGCGCUGGGGGCGAAGAUACUGGCAUAGUACUUUCGUUACCGCCUAUAGCGAGUAACGAUCCUAUUGUUGCAUGGGUUUGGUCUUAUAUAUGCUCAUUAUAUAUAUGUCCAUUAAAUGUUAAAGUUGAUGUUGCUAAUGCGUUAUGUUCAUUAUCAGAUGAUAACACUCGUAACAAGAAAAUUAUAGUACAAGAAGGCGGUGUUCCGCCUUUGUUAAAACUUUUGAAUGAAGAUUCACCCGAAGCACAAAUCGCAGCUGCGAAUGUGCUUUUUAGUUUAGCUAGUUAUCAGGAUACAGCUAGGAUGAUUACUAGUGAACUUGGUGUUCCUAUUAUAGUACAACGUUUUCAAAAAGGGACGCUUAGAGUUCAGAUUUUGCUUGCUAAAUUGAUUGCUAGAAUGGCUGAACUUGAUGAGGUUUCACAAGAGGCUUUUGCUAGGGAGAAUGUGAUCAGACCACUUGUUACUUUGUUAUCGUUUGAAACGGUUAUCGGUGAUGAUAAUAUUCGUGGUAGUCAGUAUCAGAAGCAAAGUAUUGAUUCGGUUGUCAAGAUUAAUAAGCAGAGUUUGGGGUUUAAUGGAGUUAGUUCUUCGGUAGUUCGUUCUUCUUCAUGGUUGACUAAUAGGAAAGAGAGGGAAAACGAAACGUCUGAACUGAAACUAGAAUUAAAAACUUGUUGUGCAAAAGCGUUAUGGAUGCUUUCUAGGUGCCAUCUUGCAAACAGUAAGAUACUGACUGAUACAAAAGGGUUACUCGUUUUGGCUAAGCUUAUUGAAACAGAAACAGGCGAAUUGCAGACAAACUGCUUAAUGACUGUCAUAGAAAUCACAGCUGCAGCUGAAAAGAACUCAGAUCUUAGACGGGCAGCUUUCAAGACUAAUUCCCCUGCUGCAAAAGCAAUAGUUGAUCAACUCUUAAGGUUAAUUAAUGAUUCCGAAAACAUUGGAGUCAAGGUUUCAGCAAUUAGAGCAAUUGGGUCAUUGGCAAGAACUUUCCCAGCUCGAGAGACACGUGCUAUUAGCCCAUUGGUAAAGCAGCUCAGUCACCAAAACCCUGAUGUGGAAGUGGAAUCAGCUAUUGCUUUACAUAAGUUCACAUCACCUGAUAAUUUUCUUUGUACUGAGCAUUCAAAGACUAUUAUCGAAUUUGAUGGGGUGGUUCCAUUGAUGAGAUUAUUGAGGGGGAACGAAAGGACACAGCGUCAUGCAUUGGUGCUUUUGUGUAAUCUUGCGAUAAAGGCUGGAAAUAUUGAGGCUCUUGUGCAGGCAAGAGUUUUAACAGCUUUAGAAGGAGCUGACAAGUCAAUUGUUGGUCAACACUCUGAGUUGAAAGAAUUAGUGGUGGAAGCUAUUUAUCAUCUGAAUAUGUAUCAUGCUGGUGUGGUUCCUUCUCAUAGACAACCAUAUCACCUUGAAGAUUUUUAAGGAGUGACUACGUAUAUUAGGUAAAUAGCAAUCGUCAAAGUUGGAAGGUGAAAUAGGGGACUUUUUGAUUUAAGCUGACGUCUUUCGUUGUAGAGUUUGCAGAGAUGUAUAUACGGAAAGAAAAAACACAUUCUACUGGGUAUUCACUUCUCCAAAACAUGUACGCUGCAUCUUCUUGUGUUUUCUGUGUGAAAUUCUGAACGAUUAUUUGUUUGUGAAGAAAACCAGUUGACGAUUUUAUAAAUUUGUUUACAAUGGGGAUUUCGGUAGA